GCCAGCUGAUCGGCUCUCACGAUGGCUCAGUCGCAAUCGGUCCGCCAGUGCGAUAGGACGCCAGCGAUACAUCGACUGGCAGUUACUGCGAUACUCGCAAAGUUAUCGGAAGGCUACGCUACGAGUAUCAACACACAGAACAGACCAACUAACAGAGCAAAAAUGCGCAGCGCGAAAAUAAAAUAAGAAGCGAAAACACAGGCGUGUGUUAACUAAAAUAAGCCACAUAAAUAAUACAUUUUUUUUUCGGUGUGUGCGCGUGUGUGUGCGAGCGAAAGAGUCAGAGGAGUUUCGGUGGAGUACAGCGCACAGUGGUGAAGCGGAGUGAGCGAGGAGCGUAAAAAGUAAAAGUGGCGGUGCCUGUCUCUAUACGUGUGUGUGUGUUGUGUGCUGUGUGUGUGUGCCGAAAAGAAGUUGCAGAAAACAUUACGCAAAAUAAAAGAGCGAAAUAACCACAACACAACAAAAGAUAUUGUGCAAACAACACAGCGCUGCUGUGAGGCGGAAAGCAGGAACGUCGGAGGCGCAGCAGCAGCAGCAGUAGCGGCGGAGGAGGAGGAGGUGGAGAGGGGUGUGCGGUGGAGGAAGUGGAGGCAGAAGAGCAGCCACCACCACUGAGUGCGAGCGAGAGCGAACGACCGGCGCAAUGAGCAUCGUUGGCGAAAACCAUCCCCUCCCAGCCCCAACACCCGCCAGCGCCGUGGUCUCCGCAUCAUCGGGCGGCGGUGGGGGCGGCGCGGUCGUCAUGGGCGUCGGCGUAGGCGUGACCACAGCGAAUGGACCCCGUGUCGUCACCAUUUACAAAACGGAAACGGGCUUCGGCUUCAACGUGCGCGGCCAAGUUUCCGAGGGGGGUCAACUGCGCUCGAUCAACGGCGAGCUGUACGCCCCCCUUCAGCACGUGAGCGCCGUCCUUGAGAACGGGGCGGCCGAGAAGGCGGGCAUCAAGAAGGGCGAUCGGAUCCUGGAAGUAAAUGGCGUCAGCGUCGAGGGAGCCACACAUAAACAGGUCGUAGAUCUGAUCAAAUCCGGCGGUGACUGCCUAACUCUGACGGUGAUAUCGGUGACACAGCAGGAGGCCGAUCGACUGGAGCCGCAGGAGGAUCAGAGCGGCUACUCCUACAUCGAUUACUCGGACAAGCGCUCGCUGCCCAUUAGCAUACCGGACUAUGGGAUCGUGAAUCGGAAUGGCGAGCGGUACAUUGUCUUCAAUAUACACAUGGCUGGAAGGCAGCUCUGUUCGCGUCGCUAUCGGGAGUUUGCGAACCUGCACUCGCUGCUGCGCAAGGAGUUCUCCGGCUUCAACUUCCCCAAGCUGCCCGGCAAGUGGCCCUUCCAGCUGAGCGAACAGCAGCUGGACACGAGGCGCCGCGGUCUGGAGCAGUAUCUGGAGAAAGUGUGCGCUGUGCGGGUGAUUGCCGAGAGCGAUGCUGUUCAGGACUUUCUCACCGACACCGAGGAUGAUAUAUCCGCGUCGCCGGUGGACAUUAAGGUGAUGCUGCCCGAUCACGAAGUGAGCACCGUGUCGGUGAAGAAGUCCUCCAAUGCCCAGGUGGUGUGGGAGAUUCUGGUGCAGCGCGCCAAUCUCACCGCCUACACGCAGCAGUAUUUCUACCUGUUCGAGAUCGUCGAGUACAACUUUGAGCGGAAGCUGCAGCCGCACGAGAUUCCACAUCAGCUGUACGUGCAGAACUACAGCACGGCCUCAUCCACCUGCCUAUGCGUUCGUCGCUGGCUCUUCUCGGUGGCCAAGGAGCUGACGCUGCCGGACGGCGAACAGGCUGGCCGCUUCAUCUUCUAUCAGGCGGUCGACGAGGUGAAUCGCGGCAAUAUCCGCGCCGAUGGUCGCCUGUACGAGCUGAAGGCGCUGCAGGACGCCAAGAAGGCGGGCGACUAUCUGGCCUUGGCCCGCACACUGCCAGGAUACGGAGACGUCGUCUUUCCCCACUGCUCCUGUGAUAGUCGCAAGGAGGGACACGUUGUGCCCGCCGUGGGCAUGAAGAGCUUUCGGCUGCACGCCUGCCGUGAGGAUGGCUCGCUGGAGGCGCAAAUGGUCGAGCUGACCUGGGACAGCAUCACGCGCUCCGAGAGCGACGAGGAGUCCAUGUCAUUCUGCUUUCAGUACAAUCGUCCAGAUAAGCCAGCACGUUGGGUCAAAGUCUACACGCCAUAUCAUGCAUUCCUUGCGGACUGCUUUGAUCGCAUCAUGGAGGAGCGCAAGUGGGAGGACAGCGGCGACUAGGGAAGGCGGAAGGUGCUGCAGGAGGAGCAGGCCCAGGAGCAGGAGCACGAGCAGGAGCCAGUGGAGCAGAAGGAGCAGAAAGAGCAGCAGCGACGGCGUCGACGGCAGGAGGGGCAGACUAAGCAACCCAGUUCCAUACCGAGCAUCAC